AUGGGGAAGAUAUGUGACAAAGUGCAUGGGUUAAAGCCAACUAUAAUGAUGGUGUUUAUUCAAAUAGGUUAUGCAGGAAUGACUUUAAUGUAUAAAUUUGAAUCAAAUGAUGGAAUGAGUUUGAGGAUUUUAAUUGCUUAUCGAUUCCUCUUUGCUGCCGUUACUGUUCUUCCUUUAGCUCUCUACUUUGAUAGGAAGAGUAGGCCAAAAAUGACAUGGAUGGUAAUGUUGCUUGCGUUUCUUUCUGCACUCUUCGGGUAUUCAAUGCCACAAAAUUUGUUUGCAGCAAGUUUAGUCCUAACUUCAGCAACUUUUGCUACAGCUGUACUUAAUCUGAUUCCUGGUAUCACUUUCAUUGUAGCCAUAUUCUUUAGGUUGGAGAAGUUGGGUUGGAAGACAAGGGCAGGACAAGCAAAAGUUUUGGGAACAGUAAUUGGAAUAGGUGGGGCUAUGCUUCUCACUUUUUACAAAGGCAUUGAAAUUAAAACUUGGUCAAUCAAAAUUGACUUUAAAGGACAGAUGGCAGCCUCUCAGCAACACCAAAAACCAUAUGCUCAUAUUUUGGGUCCUAUUUUGGCUAUUUGUUGUUGCCUUUCCUCAGCAUUAUCCCUCAUUUUACAGGCCAAGAUGAGUGAGUUGUACCCUUGUCAUUUUUCUAGCACUGCCUUAAUCUCCAUUAUGGGAGCACUUCAAUCUGGAGUUUUUGCCCUUUCUACUGAAAGAGAUUGGAGCCAAUGGAAAUUAGGAUGGAACCUUAGACUACUUGUAGUAGCUUAUGCGGGCGUGGUGGCUUCUGGAUUAACAAUCAUCCUGUUGAUGUUUUGUGUAAGAAUGAGAGGUCCAUUGUUCGUGUCUAUUUUCAGCCCUUUAAUGCUUGUAUGCGUUGCCAUCGCCGAUUCUUUAAUUUUCAACGAAAAAUUACACUUGGGAAGUGUGGUAGGAGGAUCAAUAAUAAUAUGUGGAUUAUACAUGGUGUUGUGGGGGAAGAAACAAGAAAUUACAAGGACUUCCAAAUUGACACCUUCAACAAACUAUGAAGAAUCCGACCAAGAAGAUCACAAUGUCAUUGGAAUUGCUUCAAAUUUCCAUCCUAUGAAUGAAAUGGAACAAUUAUCAAGCCAACAAGUUGUAAAGGAUGACAAUGAAUCUAUUAAUCUUGAUUCAAAGGUUUAGAAGUUACCUUUUUCAU